CGCGGCCCGCCUCCUCCCGGGCUAUAAAAGCAUGGCCGGAGAGUUCGGGGUAUCCUGAGCUUAGUGACGAGCCGGUCGAGCAGACUCGGGCAGCCAGCGUCCCUGGGCGAGGAAGAUGCUGCCGACCGGGAAGACCACGAAGCAGGGCAAAAGGGGUAUUCUAGAGCGCUUAGAUGCUGGAGAAAUUGUGAUUGGAGACGGAGGAUUUGUCUUUGCUCUUGAAAAGAGGGGAUACGUAAAAGCUGGGCCUUGGACUCCUGAAGCAACUGUAGAGCACCCAGAAGCAGUUCGUCAGCUUCACCGUGAAUUCCUCAGAGCUGGAUCCAGUGUUCUACAGACAUUCACCUUUUAUGCCAGUGAGGACAAACUAGAGAACAGGGGCAAUUAUGUAGCUGAGAAAAUAAGUUGCCAGAAAGUUAAUGAAGCUGCUUGUGACAUUGCAAGAGAAGUGGCUAAUGAAGGUGAUGCUUUAGUGGCUGGAGGAGUCAGUCAAACACCAUCAUACUUAAACUGCAAGGAUAAAGCAGAGGUUAAAGCAGUCUUUCGAAAGCAACUAGAUAUCUUUAUGAAGAAGAACGUGGACUUCCUAAUUGCAGAGUAUUUUGAACAUGUUGAAGAGGCUGUCUGGGCAGUUGAAGUUCUAAAAGAAUCUGGAAAGCCAGUUGCAGCUACAAUGUGCAUUGGUCCAGAAGGAGACAUGCAUGGUAUGCCACCUGGACAAUGCGCUGUCCAACUGGUAAAGGCUGGUGCUUCUAUUGUUGGAGUCAACUGCCAUUUUGAUCCAGAUACUUCCCUGGAAACCGUAAAACUGAUGAAAGAGGGCUUGCAGGCAGCUAAACUGAAAGCCCACCUGAUGUCCCAACCACUUGCUUUCCAUACACCUGAUUGUGGAAAGCAGGGUUUUAUUGAUCUUCCAGAAUUUCCCUUUGCUUUGGAGCCAAGAAUUGUAAGCAGAUGGGAUGUUCAAAAUUAUGCAAGAAAGGCCUAUGAUUUAGGAAUUCGUUAUAUUGGAGGUUGCUGUGGAUUUGAGCCAUAUCACAUCCGAGCAAUAGCUGAGGAGCUGGCUCCUGAAAGAGGAUUUUUUCCAGAAGCUUCUGAGAAACAUGGUAGCUGGGGCAAUAGCCUGAGCAUGCAUACCAAACCCUGGGUCAGAGCAAGGGCAAGAAAAGAAUACUGGGAGAAUCUGAAGCCUGCUUCAGGCAGACCAUAUUGUCCUUCAAUGUCAAAGCCAGACGGCUGGGGAGUGACCAAAGGAUCCAGGGAGCUAAUGCAACAGAAAGAAGCAACAAGUGAACAACAGCUGAAGGAGCUCUUCCAGAAACAGAAGUUCUAAUCCACUGCAUUCUCUGUUAGUUAGGUGCCAUUAAUUGGGUAGACACAGAAAUAUGUGAAAAGUAGUAAUUGGCUUAACCCACCUGUGAAAAGAGAAAAAGCCUUCUAUAAAUACAGCUGUCAAUGGACUUCCACUCCUGAGUCUGUGUUCAGUUUAGGGUUAUCUAGGAGCUUCCUGAGACCUCAAGGUUUGUUGAGGACUACUUCAGGGACACACAAGCUGACAGACACACAGUUAUCUGCAGUUGCUUUCUUGAUUUCAAAAGAAUAAAAGUAAAAUGGAAAAUACAUCUUACCUUGGAAUAAAAAAAUAAGGAGAAUAAGAUCUUGCAGGAGUUUCUUAUAUGGAGGUGAAAGGUUCAGAGAACUUUUAAGAAAAAAAGAGUCAUUCACCUGUCAUUUUUCUUUCUUGAGUUACUUAGAUUUACUUAUCUGGAGACUAAAAGGCUUAAAAAAUUAUUCUGAAAUUAAAUAAAGUUAAUAUGAUGGAAGAGUACUGUAUUAUCUUCAUACCUUAAAUCACAAGAGCUCAAACGGAAUAACAUACCUUUAGCAAACAACUGAUUUUCAAAUUGAUCCAGUUGAUUUCUGGAUAUUUAAUUGGAAACACUAAUUUAUCUCAAAGUAUCACUUAAAAUGGAGUUUCUUACAAUAUAACUCCUGUUAAUAAGAGAAUGUUCCAUGAUUUAUUUUUUUAAAGCUGACUUAUUGACUCUAGAAUCUUAGCUCUAAGAAGAUAUAAAAUGGAUCAAUUCACACAAAUUAAGAAUACCUGUGGACAUUUGUACACUGCACUUGUUGAGAAGGGUUUUCUUAGGAAGAAUAUCACUACACCUGGAAACUAUGAAGGCCAAAUUUCCAUAGCUUAUUUUUGUGAAAUAUCAUACAACUUAGAAUUCUCUCUAAAAUAUUAUUCCCGACUAUUCUACAUUAAAGCCACUACCUUUAUGAAAAUAUUAUUCUCGAACCUAGCUUUUGUUGGACUAUAUUUUAUGUAUUAGCUUAUUUCAUUAUUACUAUCCAUGUUGAUAUUCUGCAGUAUUUAAAAAUGUAACAUUUAAAUGGGAAAUUUCAGGUAUCCUUUUCAGACUGUUACUGGGAGACAGAUUCUAGAAAAAAGCCAUCUGCCUUCCCCAAGCUUAUAACAGAUUGAAAUAGUUGCUAGCUGGAAGUUUUGCCUGAGAGCCAAAAGUAGACAAAUCAAGACAGCAGAUAGUUUAAAAAGUAGAUUUGGAAAGCAUAAGUGUAAGUAUAUAUGCACUACAUUGAAGUCAUUUCCUUCCUAAAGCCUUCUGGAUGUUUCCCCUGCAGAAAGUAGGGUAAUGCAAAAUCUGCAUAACAAAAACGCCAGAUCUUUAAUCAUCACCAAAAUGCAUGCAAUGUUAAAGACAUAUGCAUGAUAAAGUGUCUUAAAAUACAAGCUACAAUUGAUAAAGAAGUGUUUUGAACAACCAUUACCAGUUUAGGGACUUCUGUGGCAAAGGAUGCAACUUGACCAUCAUACUCUAUACAAGCAGCUAGAGUGAUCUUUUUGAAACUAACCAAACAUGCAGAAGUUGUACCAGAGUGCUUGAGUUCAGAAGACAACACUGGUUGUUGUCAAUGGUAUUUAAGGUGAUCAAACAUGAUUUUAAGCAUUUAUUUUUAGAUAGACAGUUUAAAAAGGAUGAAUUUUAAUAGACACUAACAAAAAGAAAUAUUUAAGAGGCUAUUUGAAGUCAUUCAAAAGGAGGGCUGACCCCAGAGAGAAGCUAUACAAUUCCCGUUUGAUUCAUAUCAUAGGCUGGGCUUACAAAGGAAUUGACAGUAAAAUGAAAAUAAUUGUCAGAAUGCUUUAUUGAUCACUACAGAAUCCCAAACUACCACCCCCCCAAAAAACAA